ACCCUGCCAGUCUCUUUAUAAAGCCGCUGUCCGCCCCGGAGUAUCAUGUCUUCAGUUAGAAACGUGAAGAAAAGUAGUGAGCUGCGAUGGCCAGAACCAAGCAGACCGCCCGUAAAUCCACCGGAGGCAAAGCCCCCAGGAAGCAGCUGGCCACCAAGGCGGCCAGGAAGAGCGCCCCGGCCACCGGCGGCGUGAAGAAGCCUCACCGCUACAGGCCCGGUACCGUGGCUCUCAGAGAGAUCCGCCGCUACCAGAAGUCCACGGAGCUGCUGAUCCGCAAGCUGCCCUUCCAGCGGCUGGUCCGGGAGAUCGCUCAAGACUUCAAGACCGACCUGCGCUUCCAGAGCUCGGCCGUCAUGGCGCUGCAGGAGGCCAGCGAGGCUUACCUGGUGGGUCUCUUCGAGGACACCAACCUGUGCGCCAUCCACGCCAAGAGGGUCACCAUCAUGCCCAAAGACAUCCAGCUGGCCCGCCGCAUCCGCGGAGAGAGGACCGGAGGAAAAGCCAGAGCCAAGGCCAAGACCCGCUCAUCCAGAGCCGGCCUCCAGUUCCCGGUGGGCCGUGUCCACAGGCUGCUGCGUAAAGGUAACUACGGGGAGCGCGUGGGUGCCGGAGCGCCCGUCUACCUGGCCGCCGUGCUGGAGUACCUGACGGCUGAGAUCCUGGAGCUGGCAGGAAACGCUGCCCGCGACAACAAGAAGACCCGCAUCAUCCCCCGUCACCUGCAGCUGGCCGUGCGCAACGACGAGGAGCUCAACAAGCUGCUGGGCGGAGUGACCAUCGCUCAAGGCGGCGUGCUGCCCAACAUCCAGGCGGUGCUGCUGCCCAAGAAGACCGAGAAGGCCGCCAAGGCCAAACGCUUCCAGCCUCCACCUCCAGUUCAUCUGAAACACAUCAGCAGAACAAUGAGCGGCAGAGGAAAGGGAGGUAAGGGACUCGGUAAAGGAGGCGCUAAGCGUCACCGUAAAGUCCUCCGCGAUAACAUCCAGGGAAUCACCAAGCCCGCCAUCCGCCGUCUGGCUCGCCGCGGGGGAGUCAAGCGCAUCUCCGGCCUCAUCUACGAGGAGACCCGCGGUGUGCUGAAGGUGUUCCUGGAGAACGUGAUCCGGGACGCCGUCACCUACACCGAGCACGCCAAGAGGAAGACGGUCACCGCCAUGGAUGUGGUGUACGCUCUGAAGAGGCAGGGCCGCACCCUGUACGGCUUCGGAGGCUAGACUGCUCCGCUUCAUACCAACAACACAAAGGCCCUUUUAAGGGCCACACA